AUGUUUGAGCAAUUUCAUUUUAUUUGCUCAGUUGCUUAUAACUGUUAUCCAAAAAUGUCAUCACCUCCUAAAAGAUUGAAUCCAAUUGAAGAGCAUGCUUGUUUAAAUGAAGCAAUCAGGAAAGAGAAUCAAUAUUCUCGUAUAAAUACUGUUUUCACUUUGAACCCUAGAAGCCGUAAUUCCUAAAUAGUUGUGCUUUUGUCUGAUAAGCCAAACCGAACAGGAAUUCUCAAUGUAAAUGAAGAAGCUAAAGCAAAUGAUGAUAGCCCAAAAUUUAAAGACCAGCUCAUGCGACUUUCAGCCGUUCCAAAGAUGAAAACCAGCCAUCCCUUAACAUCAAAUCAAGAAUUUGGAUGGGAUGCAGAUAUGCCUCAGUACAGAAGUACUUGGAAGCAUACAAAGCCAAGCUGUGCCGAAACAAAAUAUGCAAAUAGCUAUUAUACCAUGACAAGAAAAAGCCCUUACUCCAAUAAAGUCAAUGAAGCACCAGCUAAAAAAUAA